UUUUCCUCAUGGGCAGAUACUGUUGGGGCAGGCAGCUCAGCCUGGGCUGGAGAAAACACAGCCUUGGGGCCAUGUAGGCCUGGGCUGAAUCCCAUCAGGCUUAUGAGCUGGGUAACUGUGGGGUAAGUCACUUCGCCUUCCUGAGCCUCAGUGUUCUCAUCUGUAAAAUGGAAAUUGUAGUAACUACUUCAUUGGAGUUGUGAGAGUGAAAUGAAAUGAUACGGGUCACGUGCUUAGAGGAGUGUCUAACGUCCUUAAACAGUAGGAGUGGGCUUAGUGUGGUAUUAGGCAUCGCCCCCACCCCAUUUCUCCCCCUCGUGUCUCUCUCUCUCUCUCUCUCUCUUGAAGUUCAGGCUUCUAGGAUGUCCCCUGCCUCCUCUCUUCUGGGCCACUUGUCUUCAGGCUUGGGGUCUCCCCUUCAGCCUUUCUCUCCUUGUCUGGGCGGCUCAGCCCAAGGGUUUGUCCCCGCUGGGAGACACAAUAUAUGUCCAGGGCAUGUUCACAGCCAUUCUCGGCUUGAUUAUCACAACCAUUGGCAGCAAAAGGUGGCAAAACAGGAACCAGGCUCCUUGCCCUGCAGAUGGGACACUGAGGCACUGAAACGUGAAGGGACUUGGCCCAGGGAGCAGGGCUGGUGAGCAGUAGAGGCUGGAUGGGAGCCUGGGUCUCAGGGACCCCAGUCCUCCCUCUGAGCCUUCAGAUUCUAGGCACUGUGUCUUGGGUGCUGAUGAAGGGUGCCCGCAGCCACGGGCCUUCUCUCUCUGUCAGAUGGCAGGGCGGAGUUCCACCUGCUGCAGGGAGGGUCCCUCCUGGAUGCUCAGAUGCCCGCCUUGGGGCUAGGGUGGAAUUAGGCAGAGGAGGGGAAAAGGAGGGCCCCUUUGGGCAGCGAUGCCCUCAAGUUCCGAACUGCUCCAGGUCCUUCCUUGUUCGUUUCUUGCACUUUGCACUUCCCACUCCGCCCUUUGCCGUGCACACCUAACCCUGGCUUUGCUAAUUGUCCCAUAGAUCUUUAGUGAGCCCCGCCUCCCAGACCCCUGAUCUCAUAGAAUAAGAAGUAAGUGGAAAUGAUCCACGCGAGGAAAACAGUGAGCCGUGUGCAGAUCUGGGAAGCGCCUUCCAGGUGGAGGCAGCAGCAAGGGCAAAGGCCCUGAGGCAGGAAUGCACUUGCUGGGUUUGAGGAAUGGCGUGAAAGCCAGAAGUGGGUGAGAGAAGGGCAGAGGGUAGACGGGAGAGAGGAGACUGUGGAGAGCCUGGAUUUUGUGGGAGGUUUUCAAGCAGUGAGCUUCGUGAUCUGAGACAUGACUUAAGGCAUCGCUCCAGCUGCUUUGGGUGGGACAGACUGAAAGAGGUCGGGCUGGAAACAGGGUGCUGCUGGGGUCAAGGCCCAGGGUCCUGGAGAUGCUCAGUCUGCGGCAGUGAUGGGGGAGGGAGGCAGAGCCGCGGAAUACUUUUUAAGGAGAGCAGACAGAGCCGGGAAGGAGUGUGACAGGAAGGGGACCUCAGAACAACCAUUCUCGCCAGGUCGCCGUGUCACCCCAGUGAUGCCUUGUGUCACUUCUCAUACCUUCCCCAGCCUGCCCACUGGAGGGAGCGUGUGAGAUGGGUCCCAGAGCAGAGAGAGGCCCCUCUGCCUGGGGGCACUUCCCAUGUUGGGGGCUGGGGGUGGGCUCCGGGAGCCACAGAGGGCUCAGUGCUGGAGGAGGGGCCAAAACGUGGCCCGGACGUGGCGAACUCAAGAAGGCUUCUUGGAGGAGGUGACGUCCAAGUUAAGACCCAAAGGAUGAGGAGAGAUUGCGCACAAGAGAGGGGAGGAAGUGAAGGUCUGGGGCAAUGAAGAGGUGCUCAGAGAGCUGAAGGAAAUAGGCGGCUUCCAGGACCCAGAGCGGGAGAGGGCACAGUGAGAAAUGAAGCUGGAGCGCCGAGCUGGCUGGGCGGGGCCAACUCCCCAAGGGUCUCAAAGGCCCGGCAGAGGGGUUUCCACUCAAUUCUGAGCACAAUGGUGUUCAGAGAUGUUCUGCCUUUUAAACAGCAGAACAGCAAUUCCAGGCGGCGCUCAGGGCUUCAAAGUCACCACCGGGGCCUUUGCCUAUUUGAGCAAGAAAGGACCUCAGAGCACCCGCCUUCAGAGCCAUGAGCCACCAGAUCCUGCUGCUCCUGGCCAUGCUGACCCUGGGCCUGGCUAGCUCCCAACACCGAGACAAGGUGCCCUGUAAGAAGGUGGACAAGGAGGCCUCGUGCCAGGGCCUUGGGCUGCUCCAGGUCCCCUCGAUGCUCGCGAGGGACAUCGAGGCCCUCGACCUCUCUGGGAACCAGCUGCGGAGCAUCCCGGCCUCGCCCCUGGGCUUCUACGUGGCGCUUCGCCGCCUGGACCUGAGCGCCAACGAGAUCAGCUCCCUCCAGCCGGGUGCGUUCCAGGCCCUGCCCCACCUGGAGCACCUCAACCUGGCCCACAACCGCCUGGCGCAGGGCAUGGCGCUGGGCGCUGGGGGGCUGGGCCCCCUGCCGCACCUGACGGCGCUGGACCUGUCGGGGAACAGCCUGUACAGCGGCCUGGCCGAGCAGCUGCUGGGGGAGGCGCCCGCCCUGCGGACCCUCUCGCUGGCCGAGAACAGCCUCACGCGCCUGGCCCGCCACACCUUCCGGGGCGCGCCGGCCCUCGAGUGGCUGGACCUUCACAGCAACGUGCUGAUGGACAUUGAGGACGGCGCCUUCGAGGCCCUGCCGCGCCUGGCGCACCUCAACCUCUCCAGGAACUCCCUCACCUGCAUCUCGGACUUCCGCCUCCAGCAGCUGCGGGUCCUCGACCUGAGCUGCAACAGCAUCGAGGCCUUUCAGACGGCGCCCGAGCCCCCGGCCGAGUACCAGCUCGCCUGGCUCGACCUGCGGGAGAACAGACUGCUCCACUUCCCCGACGUGACCGCCCUCCCGCGGCUCGUUUACCUGAACGUGUCCAACAACCUCAUCCGGCUGCCUGAGGGGCCGCCCCAGGGCGGCGAGGGCAUCCACGCGCCUUCCGAGGGCUGGGCAGCCUUGCCUGCCUCCAACCCUGGCCGCAACGCCAGCACCCCGCCCCUCUCCCAGCUCUUGAAUCUGGAUUUGAGCUACAACGAGAUCGAGCUCGUCCCCGAGGGCUUUCUCGAGCACCUGACCUCGCUGCGCUUCCUGAACCUCAGCCGGAACUGCUUGCAGGCUUUCAGGGCCUGGGGGGCCGGCUCCCUGCCCUGCCUCAUGCGCCUGGACAUCAGCCACAAUGCGCUGGAGAAGCUGGAGCUGGGCGCCGGGGCCCUGGGGUCUCUGCGGACGCUGCUGCUGCAGGACAACGCCCUGUGGGACCUGCCCCCGUACGCCUUUGCCAGCCUGGCCAGCCUGCAGAGGCUCAACCUGCAGGGGAACCGGAUCAGCCCCUGCGGGGGGCCAGGUGAGCCUGGACCCUCGGGCUGCGUGGCCUUCUCUGGUAUCUCCUCGCUCCGCUUCCUGAACCUGGUGGACAAUAAAGUGGAGACGCUCCGGGCAGGUGCCUUCCUGCACACGCCGCUGACCGAGCUGGACCUUUCCGCCAACCCUGGGCUGGAUGUGGCCACGGGGGCCUUGGCGGGCCUGGAGGGCUCCUUGGAGGUCUUGGCCCUGCAGGGCAAUGGGCUGGCCACCCUGCAGGUGGACCUGCCCUGCUUCAGCUGCCUCAAGCGGCUCAAUCUGGCCGAGAACCGCCUGAGCCGCCUGCCUGCCUGGACGCAGGCCGUGUCCCUGGAGGUGCUGGACCUGAGAAACAACAGCUUCAGCCUCCUGCCAGGCAGUGCCAUGGGCGGCCUGGAGACCAGCCUCCGGCGCCUCUACCUGCAGGGGAAUCCGCUCAGCUGCUGUGGCAACGGCUGGCUGGCGGCCCAGCUGCACCAGGGCCGUGUGGACGUGGACGCCACCCAGGACCUGACCUGCCAUUUCGGCUCCCAGGAGGCGGUGUCCCUGAGCCACGUGCGGCCCGAGGACUGUGAGAAGGGGGGGCUCAAGAACGUCAACCUCGUCAUCAUCCUCACGUUCGCCCUGGUGGCCGCCGUCCUCCUCACCACGCUGGCCACCUGCUGCUGUGUCCGCCGGCAGAAGUUCAGCCAGCAGUACAAAGCCUAGAGAGGCUGGGGACUGCGGACCAGCUCAGCCAGGAGACCCUUCCAGGUCAGUGGGGGAGCCAGAGGCACAGAAAGGGGGGAGACUGACCCGUGAUCGCACAGCGAGCCAGGGUCCGAGACCCCUGGUCUCCAAAUCCCAGCCCGGGGCUCGUCUGCAUCCCCGCGUCCGUCUGCAUCAGCAGGCAGCCUGCUUCCCGGCCACACAUGUGGUCCAGCUGUGGAAGCCGGAAGUUGGGCAGUUUCAGGAGUGACCGAGUGCACGUUCGACCCAUCGGAUCAAGAAAUCUUUGCCAGGCAUCUGCUUUGGGCCACACCUGGGCCUGGGCAUCAGGGAUGCUGGGGAACGAGACACAUCCCUGCCCUCAGCAUCUCCCCGUCUGGGCGCGGAGGGGGUUGCAGAGUGUGCAGGGCCCACGCGGGGUGUGGAAGCCAGGCCUCCAGAACUCCGCAGCCCCAGCUGGCUGAGUGCGGAUGGUCUUGCAAGACCCAGAGGGUUUGUCUCAGACGUUUCCAAGCAGACUGUUUGUCACAUCUUCUGAUAAUGACUUUCAGCUUCUCUGGAACAGAAAGAGCUUGUGACCGGAAGAGAGCUGGAGCCACUUGAGUACGGCUCGGAUCCAGUGCUAUUAGGCGGGCUGUGACAGCUCCAGCAGGCCCAGUUAAGAGGUGGUCUCCCUGGGCCCGGCCCAGCGCUGGACCGUUCCGUUUCCUGCCCAGGACAGGCUCUUCCCCGCCUUGGCACUCUCGUGGCACACACUGGCCCGAAUACUGCCCUAGCCCCCUACUCCCUGCCCAGGUCCCCGGUUCCAUCCCAGCCCCACCCUGGCUGGUGAGCCAGGAGUUAGGACCUUCGGUAUCGGGUUCUGUUUUGCACCGUGCCUGACAGCGGUGACAAACCCUCGCCUGCACCUGCCUCUUUGACAACUCCCUGAGGUUGGUAGUUUAUCCUGUUUUGCAAAAGAGGCUCUGAAAGUCUCUCUCCGCGGACCUCCAGCCAAGAAAGGCCAGGACUGAGGUUCAGACUCACACAUCUGCCCGAGUCCAGGGCCUGAGCUGGACCGCGGCCGGGCCACAGGCUGUUAGGUGCACAGGAAGGGGCCCCACGUGGCCGGAACAGAGCCAGGAGCAUCCUGCGCUGUGGACACGCACCCGCUCCUCCCCCGGGCGGGCAGAGAGAAGACGGGCAGCCGCCGGCCCGCUCCUCCAUCUCGGCCUCAGGCUCCCUCAUUCCCUCCUUCGCAGAUUGGGCGGGCGCCCCCGUUUCUUCCCCUCCAUCCCCUCCUUUCCUCUCCCUCCGGGGAGCAGAGCCGUUGAGUUUAACCUCCCCGUUGCACAGAGAGGGAAGCUGGGCCUUAGGAAGAGAAUGGGAUCUGCUCAGAGCUGCACGAGUCCGUGGCAGAUCCUGUGACCAAAGGAAGAAGGUGGAUUCAGGGACCUCUUGGGGAGGGCGGGGGGGGGGAGGUUGGACUUCAGCGGUUUCCUUCUCUCUCAGCUGUCACAUUGCACAAUAACACUGGUUCCAGACUCUCCUUUUGGUCCUUUUCAUGCAGGGAUUUUUUUUUCCACCCUAGAAAAAUGGGGGGAAAAAAAAAACCCAUCCAGAUAAAACCUCCUGCUUCUCAUACCCAUGGAAUCGUGGGCUGUCUGGGACGAAGGAAGCCUGGGAUCUGCCCAGGCUCCCGUGUCAUUGGCUUCACCCUCUUACCUGUGCCCGGCCGGUCAGGUGCAUGACGGUGCUCAGUCAAGGGUGAGACAACGAAAACGCCCCUCUCUCUGCCCCGUUUCACAGAUGAGAAAACUGAGACCCAGAGAGGGUCGAGGACUCAGAGAGUCCACGGCAGAGCCGGGCUAGAACCUGGUGGCCUGUGGGGCAGCGGGUGGCUCCAGUGCUGUUUGGGGGCCUGAGCCCAGGCGUUCCCCCACAUUCUUCCUUAGGCCCCGGGGGGCCAGGUGUGGGCUCCCCCCUGCCCCGGGCCUGAUCUUGGAAAACACUACACGAUGCUGCUGUCACCUCCCAGGAGCCAGGCCUCGGGAGCAGCUCUUUGUAUAACCCACAUGAAUGUAUUAAAAAAGGAUUUUGGAGAACCC